GUUGCCAUAGAAAUCCCUCAGGCGUCUACUGCAGGUGAAGAUCAAUCAAGGAAGUAGUAGGCCUGGCGAUACUAAACUGAAAAACUACGUAUAAUCAUCAUGAACACACUUUUCACAAGAGAUACACAAAUAAAAGCAAUAGAAUCGCUGUUGAAUGACGCGGAGAAGUACCUUGGACAGUUCUGUACGACACUCGCCUCUUACACGCGAAAGACGGCCAAACUCCGGGACAAAGCAGACAUCCUCGUCAGACAGCUGAAUGAAUUUGCAAGCAUCAUCAAAAACCUUGCAGAAGACGUGGCAAUGGUCCAAGACUACAGACAAGCAGAGGUGGAGAGACUAGAAGCCAGAGUCAUCACCCCACUAAAAGCAUAUGGAGGCAUAGUGAAGAUAAAGAAAGCAGAUCUAAAAAGAUUCAGUGCUGAUCGCAGCAGAGAGCUGAAAGAGAUUCAGAGAUUGGAGAAGAUGAGGCUGAAAAACCCUGCAGACCGGCAAAGCAUUUCCCAGGCUGAGGUAAAUGCACAAAAAGCCACCAACAAUGCCCACAGGAGUACCAGACAGAUGGAGGAGAGUAUCACUGAGUUUCAGAGACAGAAGCUAGAGGAUGUUAAGAAGGUAUUUUCAGACUUCAUCAUGAUAGAGAUGCUCUUCCAUGCCAAAGCCCUGGAGGUUUACACCCACACCUUCCAGAACCUCGAGACCAUGGAUAUCGAUAAAGACCUUGAGAUGUUCAUGAGGAGGAUCCAGGUGUCAGAUCUGGCCCCCAUGGAUACCCAGGUCCUCCAGACGGUCCGCUCCACCUCCUCCCUGCCGGCCUACUCCAGCCCCACCCUCUCCACCACCAGGCUCCCACCCAGCUACUCACAGUCCCGCAAGAGCAUGCCGCGCCAGCAAGAGCAUGUUGAGGAUGAGGAGGAGGAGGAAGAGGAGGAGGAAGAAGAAGAGGAGAUUAUAGAGUCAGAAGGACCCUAUGAGGAUCAACAGACUCUACGGGAGUCAUAUGCUGCCCAGUACACAAGAGCGCGCAGGAACAUAUGAUAGCAGCAAAAUAUGCAUUCCCAAGUCAGAACAUGUUUACCAAUCGCUAAUACCUAGCACUUUAUUUGAGAUUUGCCUCAUUAUUCUUAUUAAUUAUUAUUUAUUGUGCUGAUAAAACAUUUUAGUAUAUGAAAUAUUUAAAUCAUGAAUAGCUGCUAAACCAGAGUUAUAUUGAUAUACAUUUCAUAUAGAUGAUCAUCAUGUGCCUUUAAGACAAAAAUGUUUGCAUAGUGACUGUGACAAACACUUCUACUCUGAGCAUAUGGGAAAUUCUAAGUAGAAACUGAAAUAAAGGCCAGUUUGCAAAAGA